AACAGGGAAGGCAGAGUAGAUAUCUCAGCUCCCGGCAUGAGAACAAAGCAGAAUAAAAUAAAAAUAAAAAGAAUUUCUGAGUUACAUCUCAAAAAGUGAAGGUCUGGCGGCUUCCGCCGGGGCUGCUUCCCAUGUGGUGAAUUAAAUCCUCUCAGAAGUGUAUUGUACAACUAAAGACAACGACCACGGAUCAUCUGAGAUUGUUUGGCCUACUGAUAAGCCCAGGAAAAGAAUAGAGAUCACUACUCAAGCAGAAGUUUCCUAAGACUGUCACAAAAAUGUUUGACAUAAAGGCGUGGGCUGAGUAUGUAGUGGAAUGGGCUGCAAAAGACCCAUAUGGCUUCCUUACAACAGUCAUGCUGGCUCUCACUCCACUCUUCCUAGCAAGCGCUGUCCUGUCCUGGAAAUUGGCCAAGAUGAUUGAGGCCAAGGAGAAAGAGCAAAAGAAGAAGCAAAAACGUCAAGAAAAUAUUGCCAAAGCUAAACAACUAAAAAAAAAAAAAGAUUGAAGGAAUGGAGAGGUUG